CGAAAGAAGAAUCAUCCUCCACCAAGACAAUGCAAGCUCGCACACAGCCCAAAAAACAAGGUAGUAUUUAACGGAUGAAAACGUGGAAUUAUAAGACCAUCCUCCAUAUAGUCCCGAUUAACGAUUUCUUUACUUUCCUGAAAAUUAAAAUCAGACUGCGUGGUCAAAGGUUCCAGUCACCAGAAGAAGCAGUUGACGCAUUCAAAAAUGCCGUCUUGGAUCUGCCAGCAAACGAGUGGAAUAAGUGCUUCGAAAAUACUACUUCGAAAAACAAUAGAGUCAUUUAAAACUACCUACCGUCUUGUUUUAUUUCCAUAUGCAAAACUUAAAAGACAUCCCUCGCACACUACCCCAGGGACACCCCUGCAUAAUUUGGCUUUUGAGAAUAUUUUCGAAGCCGGUCCUGUCCACGCGUCGACUCUUGCUAGACAUCUUGGAUUACAUAUUGGUUAGUAAGUCUACAUUUGGAUAGAUGCCGCCAAAAUGACAGCUGUUAAGCAUGAUCGCUGACAACUGUCAAAUUUCUACAUUUUUUGACAGAAUGACAGUUAUAAAACGUAAUGGCGAAGAACAGUAGGACAAUAACAUUUAUUUGCCUAAAGUUAGAAUACUCUGCCUGAAAAUAUUCCGAAAAAUCCAGAAUUUGAUGAUAGUGCAUUGUACAACAAGUGGUCUCAUACUUCUAGUUUUCCAUCAACGUCUGCAUUUACACUUCAGUAUAAGAAAUAAUGUUAAGUGUAUUUUUUUGUGGUAAUAGCCUGAAAUAAGCUUGUUGGAGGAAGAAAAUCGACGAAACGACUUGAGACCGUAUCCUUUUCGUUAUGCUUAAAGUUGAUUUGCCACAUACCAGAUAGCCAUGGCGAAUUUAAACUUCACAAGGAGCAUUGGAGGCAACAGCCUUGGCAGAACAAGUGUGAGCUUUGGGAGCAAUUCUAUGUCUGGUCAUGUUACCCCCGUUUUUGGUCAAAGGGCACCGUCGGAAAGAAGGACUCUACCAGCUAUGGGAAACAGCAACCAAGUAGGUAACAUGAACACAUUGGGCAACUACUCUUUCAACAGUGUGUUCGGUUCUGGUGACUCGAACACCCCUUCACUGCUGGAUCUGAGCGAGUUUCCGUCGCUGACGAAUAACCGAGGGGGUGGCACUUCGGGGGAUGGUACGCAUGCCUCGUUGUCGGCACCCGGGCCCAUGCCAGGGGCGAAGCCCUAUGUGGGGAUGGUCAAGCAGCCAGCGUCAGAGGCGAGCGAGUUCCAGAUGUCAUCGGAAGACUUCCCGGCGUUGCCUGGCACGCAGACGACGCGAGACGGUGCGUCGCCCGGCAGUGGCGUCGGUGGAGGGGGGCCUGCUAACUCAGGUACGCCUGCAGGUGACAAGCAGCAAGGACAGCAGCAGCAAGGCCAAGGAGAUACGGGCACGGCGACAGGCGGUACGGGGACGCCCAAUAGAGACGCGCAAGGAGAUAAGAACGGAAACAAUAAAGGAAUCCAGACACUGCCCGAUGGCCGCGUGACCAACAUCCCUGCCAGCAUGGUGUCGGACCAGUUCGGCAUCGUGGGCCUUCUGACGUUCAUCCGAGCCGCCGAAACGGAUCCGAACCUGGUGUCGCUGGCGCUGGGGCAGGACCUGACAGCGCUAGGACUGAACCUGAACUCUGCCGACAACCUGUAUCCGACAUUCGGAGGGCCCUGGGCGGAACAUCCGCUCAGGCCGCAGGACGUCGAUUAUCAUGUGCCGCCCGAGUAUCUCAUCAACCAUAGCAUCAGGGAUAAACUGGCGUCAAUGAAGCUUAGCCGGUAUAAAGAUGAUCUGCUCUUUUUUAUGUUUUACAACAGUGUUGGUGAUGUACUUCAAAUAGCCGCAGCUUCUGAAUUGUACAGUCGGGAAUGGAGGUACCACAUAGAAGAGAAGGUGUGGAUUACGCAAGUUCCGGGAAUGGUGCUAAUAGAGAAGACGGCGACGUACGAACGGGGUACCUACUAUUUCUUUGACGCGCAAAAUUGGCGUAAGGUGGCGAAAGAAUUCCACCUGGACUACUCGAAACUGGAGGGGCGGCCUGUGAUGAAUCAGAACCUGCACCUGAGCUCGUGAGCUUUAGGCGGGAGGAGGAGCACCAAGGAUGACCGCCCCUAGCUGCCGCCAGCUGCCCCCACUCUCACAAAGGUGGCACCAGCGGGCUCCGUUAACUACUGUUAAGGCCAACGCGGCGACGGGCAGGCGUGGCCGAUACUCCCCACCUCUUUACCCCUAUCCCCCCACGCCCCUCCCGGACUUUACUAGGCGGGCAACGGCCGCCCGUCGCUAUCGUCGAUGUAUCAUAUAAGUAUUAAUUCAGAAGAUUAAAGUUAUAUAUCUA